AGCGUGUCCAUGAUGGUGACUCGCAAAACCUCCUGAAUGUUCGUCGUAACCUCAAAUCUGAGACUGACCGAUUGAGAAAAGGAAGGUGUUUGUUUCGCAUAUCCGUGCAUAAACUGAGUGAAUAAAAUGCCGGAGAGCACGAAAGCGGAGACCAAACCGGUCAAAGAGGUGAAGAACGGCAAGGAGGACGAUAAGAAUGAACUGUCGGAAGAAGAUAAGCUUCUACAGGAAGAAUUGACUUUGCUCGUGGAGCGCCUGCAGGAUGCCAACACCAAACUGCACUAUCCUGCCCUGGAAUCCUUGCGUUCGCACAUUCGUGCGUCGACAACGUCGAUGACGAGCGUGCCGAAGCCGUUGAAAUUCAUGCGACCUCACUACGACACUAUGAAGAGCAUACACGAGAGCAUGACCAAUGUCAAAUGUAAGGAAAUGUGCUCGGACAUUAUUUCGGUGCUGGCGAUGACGAUGGGCGAGGGCCGGGAGUGCUUGAAGUAUCGGCUGACGGGCUCGGCACUGGCGAUCGGCGAAUGGGGGCACGAGUACGUCAGGCAUUUGUCGGGAGAACUGGCGGGCGAGUGGGACGAGGAGACAAACGACAACGUCGAAGCGACGAACGAGAAGCUGAUCGCUCUGGUCCAUGAGAUCGUACCGUACAACAUGGCGCACAAUGCGGAAACGGAAGCGUGCGACCUGCUGAUGGAGAUCGAGAGGCUGGACCUGCUGGAGCAGUACGUCGACGAAAGUGCGUAUCAGCGAGUGUGCCUCUAUCUCACGAGCUGCGUGUCGUACGUGGCCGAUCCGGAGAACAGCACCCUCCUUCACGUCGCCUGCAAGUUGUAUCGCAAGUUCGGCCAAUAUCCGCAAGCGAUCAGGCUGGCGAUGCAGCUGAACGAUUUGCCGCUCAUCGAGUCGAUCUUCACGAACUGCCGGGAUGUUUCUGUACAAAAGCAACUGGCUUUCAUGCUGGGUCGCCAGCAAAUCUUCCUGGAGCUACACGAAGCUACGAUAGAGGACGACGAUCUGUUCGAGAUAAUGUCCAACUCUCACUUGAACAAUCACUUCCUGAACCUGGCGCGUGAACUGGACAUAAUGGAGCCGAAGACACCUGAGGACGUCUACAAGUCUCACCUGGAGAACUCGCGGCCGCCGUUCGGCGGCGGCCAGGUCGACUCGGCGCGGCAGAAUCUCGCGGCGAGCUUCGUCAACGGUUUCGUGAACGCCGCGUUCGGCCACGACAAGCUGCUGAUCGAGGACGGCAACAAGUGGCUGUACAAGAACAAGGAGCACGGCAUGCUGAGCGCGACCGCGUCCCUCGGUCUGAUCCUGCUGUGGGACGUCGACGGCGGCCUGACGCCGAUCGACAAGUACCUGUACUCGUCGGAGGACUACAUCAAGUCCGGCGCCUUGCUGGCCUGCGGGAUCGUCAACUGCGGCGUGAGAAACGAAUGCGAUCCCGCCCUGGCUCUGCUCUCCGAUUACGUGUUGCACAGCAGCAACACCAUGCGUAUCGGCGCCAUUGUCGGCCUCGGCAUCGCGUACGCCGGCUCCAACAGGGAGGGCGUGCUGGGUCUGCUGACGCCGGUCCUCAGCGACACCAAGUCGAGCUGGGAAGUGCUGGGUAUGACCGGCCUAGCACUGGGAAUGGUCGCCGCCGGUUCCUGCAACGCCUACGUCACCACGGCGAUUAUGCACACGCUGAUGGACAAGUCGGAAUCCGAUCUCAAGGACACGUACGCGCGAUUCCUGGCGCUCGGUCUCGGGCUGUGCUUCCUGGGCAAGCAGGAGGCGGCGGAAGCGAUCAUAGCGGCCCUGGAGAUCGUUCACGAGCCGUUCAGGUCGAUGUCGACGACGCUGGUGGAGGUGUGCGCGUACGCCGGCACGGGGAACGUCCUCAAGAUCCAGCACCUGCUGCACAUCUGCUCGGAGCACUACGAGACGAGUAACGAGAAGGAGGAGAAGAGCGAUCGUAAAGACAAGGACAAGAAGGAGGAGAAGAAGGAGGAAAAGGAGAAGGAUCUCAGCUCCAGGCAGGCCAUCGCCGUCCUUGGCAUCGCCCUGAUCGCCAUGGGGGAGGAGAUUGGCGCCGAGAUGGCUUACAGGACCUUCGGCCACCUGCUGCGCUACUGCGAGCCCGUGAUCCGCCGCUCGGUGCCGCUCGCCCUGGGCCUCAUCUCGGUGUCGAAUCCGAAGCUGAACAUCCUGGACACGCUGUCCAAGUUUUCGCACGACAGCGACCCCGAAGUGGCGCACAACGCGAUAUUCGCUAUGGGGCUGGUCGGCGCCGGUACGAAUAAUGCGCGUUUGGCCGCCAUGUUGAGACAGCUGGCUCAGUUCCACGCGAAGGAUCCCAACAAUCUCUUCAUGGUGCGCAUCGCACAAGGCUUGACGCAUCUGGGUAAAGGCACGCUCACCCUAUCGCCUUAUCACAGCGACAGACAGCUGCUCAGUCCCGUUGCUCUGGCCGGUCUUCUGUCGACGCUGAUCGGUUUCUUGGACGUGAAAAACAUUAUUCUCGGACGUUCACACUACCUCUUGUACACCCUGGCUGCUGCGAUGCAACCCAGGAUGUUGGUGACAUUCGACGAGGAUCAAAAUCCACUGGCCGUACCGGUGAGAGUCGGACUCGCCGUCGACGUCGUCGGCCAAGCGGGCAAACCGAAGACCAUCACAGGCUUCCAAACGCACACCACACCGGUGCUGUUGGCGUACGGCGAGAGAGCGGAACUCGCUACCGAGGAGUACGUGCCACUGACACCGAUCAUGGAAGGUUUUGUAAUCUUAAGAAAGAAUCCGGACUUUAUACCUUAGUCAUCGUAAAAUAAUCUUGUCGAUCAUCAAUGUACCUCGUACUGAAACUAUAAGAAUAAUAUAAUAAAAGUGUCUCAUUGUCAAUCUUGCGUAUGCGGAAAAAACGCACGACAUCCUCCAUACACACACACACACACACUCACUUCCCUUUUUGUAGGAUCAAAAAAAGACCGCGUCCCACAAUAUUUUCGUUACGUUAGCGCAGAAAGGGAUAAAAGGCAAUAAUAUAUUUAUUUAAUAGUAAAAUGCAGACUUUAAUAAGUAAAAAAUACUGGUACAAUGUAUAAAAUCUCGCUCGGCAUGAUUUUUAUACUAAGUACACGUCGUGAGAGAAAAAAAAAAGAUCGAUAUAAAACGGCUAUUUCACGCUGCAUUCUUAGAGCGAACAGUACAUCGGUGGACGUUAGUUUUCUUUUUUUAUAAGUACCAGAGUCAGGAUGGUGUGUACGCGUGUCUCGCGUAAGUCGUCAUCGCCACUGUCGGCGUAAUUCAAGCCUGCACAACUCGCUGAAUACAGACAACGCACUUGUCUCUAAAAUAGAAGCGUCGCGUACGACGCACGUGGCAGCAAGUGUGUUAAAGAGUAUUAAUUUGAUUGAGUUGUGAGCCGAGUUGCUCGACGGAUCGGCCAGUUGUACAGGCCUGAUAUAAAUUACAUCCUAAUAUUUUCUAUAUUUUGCCGCUAUCUUUUUAACUGAAAAAAAAAUGUAGAAAUGAAAAGAAGUCUAUUACGAUCAUGUUAGUUUGUUAAAAUGUACGUACCGCGCGAAACGCGCAUAAACGAAAGUGUACUGUAUUAUGUCAAUAAAAUACGUUAAUCGUAAAAAAAAA